AUGUCUUCUCGAUUCUUCCACGGUGACAGCUCCAGCGAUAGCAGCUCCUCCGACGAGGAGGAGCUGUACCCUGAGGAGGAGGAAGCAAAGGAAGCCUCUUCUUCCGAAGACGAGGAUGAGGACGGGGACUCGGAUGACGAUGACGACUCCUCUUCCAGCGACGAUGACGAUGGGGAGAAGAAGAGUGGCGCCAGCAAGUUCUUGCGAGAAGCAGAUUCGGAGAGUGAAGAUAGCAGCGACGAGGACCGAGCCAAGGUCGUGAAGAGCGCCAAAGAUAAACGCGUGGAAGAAAUAGAGGGUACCGUGAAGGCAAUCGAAAACGGCCAAAAGAUCAAUGACUGGGUUUCUAUUUCCACAGAAUUCGACAAGCUUAACCGUCAAGUAGUCAAGCUUGUUCAGUCGGGCAACACACCGAAAAUUUACGUCAAGACUAUCGCUGAAUUGGAGGACUUCAUGAAUGAGGCCAUUGCUAAGCAGAAGGUCUCGACGAAGAAGAUGAAUGCAACCAACGCGCGAGGCCUAAAUGCUGUAAAACAACGCAUCAAGAAGAACAAUAAGGAUUAUCAGAAGGAUAUCGAUGCCUACAGGGCCGACAAAGAUGAUUUCAUGGAGUCUGAUGAAGAGGAAGAAGUCGUGGUACCAAAGGCCAAAGCCUCCAAGGGCCCGGCAGUGCCAACUCUAGAACUCCGCGACGAUGAAGGCUUCUCGACCGUUGGCAAGGGCGGCCGAACAUUGCAAUUUACGCCCGAGAGCAUCCUGAAGCAUCUUAGGACAAUAAUGGAGUCUCGAGGGAAGAAGAACACCGACAGGGCCGAGCAGAUAAAGAUUAUGGAGAAGCUUUUUGAAGUCGCCACAACCCCUUAUCAACAAGUGCGAGUUCUCUUAACCCUGAUUUCGACAAGAUUCGACCUGACCACCGGAGUUCAAACAUUCAUGUCUCAAGAGCAAUGGAAGGCUGCGGAGCAGGAGAUCGGAACCUUGCUCAAAGUCCUCGAGUCAAACAGGAACCUGGUCGUUGUCGAGAAUGCCGAGGAGUGGGAGGAUGAUGAGAAGGCUCCGGCAAUCGUGGAUGGCCAGAAGUUCAAGAUCCCUGGAAGUGUCGUAUCUUAUGUGGAGAGACUGGAUGAUGAACUCACUCGAUCGCUUCAACACAUUGAUCCUCAUACUGCUGAGUAUAUUGAUCGGCUUUCCGACGAGGGCGCUCUUUACAACAAUAUUGUUCGGACCCAGCUUUAUACGGAAAACCUUCGUCAAGACGAAAGUUUGGAGGUUCCUCAAGAUAGUGUAAACCGUAUCGUCAUGAGAAGGUUGGAACAUGUGUAUUUCAAGCCAUCCGCAGUUGUGAAGAUCCUUGAAGAGAAUUGCUGGAAGGCAAUCCCCGCUGGCCUUGAUUCCGUCAUCACUCCCCGAGAUCAAGUUGCUGAUGCCACUGCUCUCGUCAACGUUCUGUGCAAUUAUCUGUUUACUAACAGUGAGGGCAUUAUACGCGCAAGAGCCAUGCUUUGCCAGAUCUACUUCCUUGCCUUGCAUGACAAUUAUUACAAGGCUCGGGAUAUGAUGUUGAUGUCCCAUUUGCAAGAAACGAUCAAUGCAUUCGACGUCCACAGCCAAAUUUUAUUCAACCGAACACUUGUGCAGGUUGGUCUCUGUGCUUUCCGCGCAGGUCUUGUUUACGAAGCUCAAACUACACUACAAGAAAUCUGCGGAAGUGGACGACAAAAGGAGUUGCUUGCUCAAGGUGUUAUGAUUCAACGAUACAACCAAGUUUCGCCUGAACAAGAGCGUCUCGAACGCCAACGACAACUUCCUUUCCAUAUGCACAUCAACCUUGAACUUCUCGAAUGUGUGUACCUCACCUGUAGUAUGCUUCUUGAGAUCCCACUUCUUGCCCAAACCGGCUCGUCGCCCGACAUUAAGAAGCGGGUCAUUAGCAAGACGUACAGACGUAUGCUAGAGUAUCACGAGCGCCAGAUCUUUACCGGUCCGCCCGAGAACACCCGAGAUCAUGUCAUGCAAGCAUCGAAGGCACUGGCAGCUGGCGAGUGGAAGAAGGCAACCGAAUUCAUCCACUCCAUCAAGAUCUGGGAACUCAUGGCCCAAUCCGAUUCGAUCAAGGCCAUGCUCUCAGAGCAGAUCCAAGAGGAAGGCUUGCGAACAUAUCUCUUCACCUACGCUCCCUAUUACGAUACUCUCGCCGUUGCUACCCUGUCCUCCAUGUUCGAGUUAUCCGAUCGAAAAGUUGCCGCCAUUGUCAGCAAGAUGAUUAGCCACGAGGAGCUUGCGGCCGCGCUUGAUCAGGUCAAUGCUUCUAUCAUCUUCAGAAAGGGUGUUGAGUUAAGUAGACUACAGAGUCUCGCAUUGACUUUAAGCGACAAGGCAAGUGGUCUUAUCGAGAGCAACGAGCGAACGCUUGAGACAAGAACACAAGGCAUGGCAAAUGCAUUUGAGCGACAAGGUGGAAGAGGUGGCCGGGGUGGAAAUAGAGGAGGCCAACGCGGUGGCCGAGGCGGUGGUCGGGGUGGAGGAUCCGGUGCUCCAAGACAAGCUGGAGGUACGCAAUUCACUGGGGGUGCAUUGGGUGCCGCGGUGCGAGCUUAG